AAUGCGCGUUGUUGUUUGACGAAGGGAGUCCUAUACACCGCCUGCUGCUCUCCUGAUCAUGGCUUCUCCGAGUUCCUUCACCUACUAUUGCCCUCCAUCUUCCUCCCCUGUCUGGUCAGAGCCGCUGUACAGUCUGAGGCCCGAGCACGCGCGGGAGCGGUUGCAGGACGACUCGGUGGAAACAGUCACGUCCAUAGAACAGGCAAAAGUAGAAGAAAAGAUCCAGGAUGUCUUCAGUUCUUAUAAGUUCAACCACCUUGUACCAAGGCUGAUUUUGCAGAGAGAGAAGCACUUCCAUUAUCUGAAAAGAGGGCUUCGACAGCUGACAGACGCCUACGAGUGUCUGGAUGCCAGCCGCCCAUGGCUCUGCUAUUGGAUCCUGCACAGCUUGGAACUGCUGGAUGAACCCAUCCCCCAGAUGGUGGCCACAGACGUAUGUCAGUUCCUGGAGCUGUGUCAAAGUCCAGAAGGUGGCUUUGGGGGGGGCCCUGGCCAGUACCCACAUCUUGCACCCACGUAUGCCGCCGUCAACGCACUCUGCAUCAUCGGCACCGAGGAGGCCUAUGACGUCAUUAACAGGGAGAAGCUUCUUCAGUAUUUAUACUCGUUGAAGCAGCCCGACGGCUCUUUUCUCAUGCACGUUGGAGGUGAGGUGGAUGUGAGAAGCGCGUACUGUGCUGCCUCCGUAGCUUCUCUGACCAACAUCAUCACUCCAGACCUCUUUGAGGGCACGGCCGAAUGGAUAGCAAGGUGUCAGAAUUGGGAAGGUGGAAUUGGUGGGGUGCCAGGGAUGGAAGCCCAUGGCGGCUACACUUUCUGUGGCCUGGCUGCCCUGGUCAUCCUCAAGAAGGAACGUUCCUUGAAUUUGAAGAGCUUAUUGCAAUGGGUGACCAGCCGGCAGAUGCGCUUCGAAGGUGGAUUUCAGGGCCGCUGCAACAAGCUGGUGGACGGCUGCUACUCCUUCUGGCAGGCGGGGCUUCUGCCCCUGCUGCACCGCGCACUGCAUGCUCAAGGCGACCCUGCCCUCAGCAUGAGCCACUGGAUGUUCCAUCAGCAGGCCCUGCAGGAAUACAUCCUCAUGUGCUGCCAGUGCCCCGCGGGGGGGCUUCUGGAUAAACCUGGCAAGUCUCGGGACUUCUACCACACCUGCUACUGCCUGAGUGGCCUGUCCAUAGCCCAGCACUUCGGCAGUGGAGCCAUGUUGCACGACGUGGUCUUGGGAGUGCCGGAAAAUGCCCUGCAGCCCACUCACCCUGUGUACAAUAUCGGACCAGAUAAGGUGAUCCAGGCCACCAUGCACUUUCUGCAGAAGCCAGUCCCCGGCUUUGAAGAGCGAGAGGAUGAGGCACCAGCACAGCCCGCCACCGCCUAGAAGACAAGGCUCCCGUGGCUCUCUGCUCACCCACCUCCCCGGUCAGACCAAGGUGUAUACAUUUCGAUACGUACCACAUUCUGUGCUGCAUAAGCCUUGGCCACUAUGGGGCUGUGGUCCUUUGUCUUUUCCUGUCAAACAAAACAAAACUGAUGGCUCUGGGUUUGGAGAACAUAGUGGCGUGGUCUUUUAAAAAGUCUUUCCACCUCUGUCAAACCAAAAAUCUGUCAGCCUGCGUGGCACCUGAACCUGGCUCUGGCCUGGCCUGGGUUGUUGGGGAGCGAUGUGCCCUGGGCAGAAGCAGCCCUCGCCACCAGCUCUCCAGCCCGGACAGUGGUACUGAAACGAACGGCAUCUAUGAGUCACUGCUACCCCCCCCCCCCACCAUCCCCGUACGCCACCCUUAAGUCACCAGGAAGGUACCAUCCUGCGGGUGGAAAUAAGUGCUCUGUGCCAAGGGGGAAGGGGAGCUUUGGUCCCAUCAGACUGAAUUCUCUAGAAAAAAUCAUGGUGGGACUUCACUAUGAGAUGCCCAAGGCUGCAGGGAAAGGGAGCCGGGGGGUGGGGGAGAAAGGUCUCCUUGGGUUGUGACUUCCUGCCCCUCUGCCUGGAGAACCGAGCCACACUCUCCCCAGGGCCCCUGAUGGGUGCACAGGCGCUUUGCUUCAGCCACCUGGGCAGUGACUUCGACCCAGGAAGCCAAUUAUGAGUGGAAAUGAACCUCUAGCUCGGUUCUGCACCCAAGGAAGCAGCCCCAGUGCGCACCCCUCCCCCGCCCCAUCAUGUGAAAACCCCUCUCAGUGACCCCUCUGCGUGUUUCCAUCUCCCAUCAGACCCCCAGCCCGGCCUCCUCAGAGAUGGUGUUGUCUUCUCUCAUCCCAAGUAUUAAUGCUACUAAGUCUUUCACCUUAAUUUGACUCAGGAUAUAUUCACGUUCUGCCCACUCUGGGCCCCCAGACAUAAAAUGAAGCGCUCCGUGGGCUGGCUGCCAUCGAGGCCGGAGCCGAGGAACCCUGGCUGAGGCGGGGGGGGGGGGGGGCGCCCCAUGUGCUCAGCCUGUCCGGGCCUCUGCGGCUUUCAGUCAGUGGGGUGUCGAGCUGGGCCAUCUGUCCACUGUUGCUGUCCCAGCAAACUCCGCGUGGCUGACCUGGCCUUCGUAAGCAGCCGCGGACUGCAGGCCGGGAGGCGCUCAGAGAUGCAGCAUGAGGCCCCUCUCAAAAACUCCGCCCUUUGCUGCCUCUAAUUCCCUAUUGCUUUGGCGGAUUGGGCUAUAUGUAUUACCUCCUUGAAAUAAUAAAAGAAUGACCUUUUCAA